UAUAUAGCACGCUGUGAUAAGAUGGGAUACUAUCGGCACAAAAUAUCCGGUACUUCCUGAUCGGGCUGGAGAAAAUAAAAUAACUGAAUAGUCAACCAGAACAGAUGAACCAAGCCUUAACCUUUACGUGGGAAAUUUAGUUUUAAUUUUAAAUUGGGAUAUUGGAACUUGACAGUAUAGGCUAUAAUUUGUACCCGCCGCCAAAAUGCUAGCGUAUUACAGGCGUGAAACUACGCCCAAAUCGUUUGUGUAAAAAUUAGUAAGCUUCAGUGGUGUAAUGUUAGCCUGGGAAAACUAAGAGCAAUUGUUUUGAGCAAAAGGCCUCACAUCCUAUUUCAUUAUCGUAUAGAAACGAACAGAACAGAGAUUUCCCACAGCGAUAUAAACUUACACAAUGCCGCAAAUGUUGUUGUAGAACAUAUUAAUAAUAAGUUGUAAUUUAAAGUUUUUUCAGAAGUGUGGCGAAAGUUCGCAUUUUUCAGAGUUAGCUAAUUAGUGACACGGCAUUUUUCUAACAAAAUGAGCAAGAGUGAGAAAACACCGCUGCUACAAACGACAAGCUUAUCUACCGAUCACAAGGACACUCAUACAACAGCCACUGCGGGUUCUACCAUGUCAGCUACAACAACUACGAGUGCCGGAACAAGCCAAGUUGAAACAACAACUCUUAUCUCUGCAGCCGCACCCAAUAAACCUUCCACGGAAAAGAAAAGUUCUGACGAACCAAAAAAGAAGCAAGCACCUGUACUGCACCGAGAAGUUAAGAUCACCAAUCCCGAUGAAAUAGACCACAUGAAACUGCUACUAGAAUUAAGAAAGCGAUUCCAGGAAAAAUUCUUGAAAUGGAAAAAGCGGACUGGAGUUUUUAAACUCGCAAACCUCAUAGUCACCCUGUUGAUCAUCUCCAUACAAGUAGCACAGGUGAUAGUAUUUCAACUUCCCACACAUGUCUUACCAACUGCUCAAAAAACGGCUAUAGCAACAAUUCUGCCAUCUGUAACAAGUGCAGUGCUGGCUAUUCAGUUGAAACUGGGUUGGUCUGAAAAGAGCACUAAAUGCAAACGAGCUGCUGCGAUGUACAACAAACUUGCCAGUCAUGCCGAGUACAGGAUUGACAUGUUAGAAUGUGGCGGGAAAUUUCAUGACACGACGAAGAUCUGGAACACAGCUCUAGUGUCUGAAGCGAGCGAAAUUCCAUCAUUCCUUUCAGCCUAUUAAAAGAAGUGCAUGCUGAAACACAAUCCUUUCCACAAGUUUGAUUGAUACAAAGCGUACGCCCGUCUUUCAACUCGAAUGAAUUAGAACAUAUUUAAACAGAUACAGCUGUGGUUUAAUUUUAUUUUUUUAACCUCAUAGAAAAUUUCAUUCUAAAAAAGUAAUACGAAAGGAAAUGGUCACGUUACAAUUACAAGUUUCAAGUAACACCAAUUAGACCUCUGUAUUUUGGUAUGGAUGAUGUAUUGAUGUACGGAUGCACGGACUCGCAUAUAUGUUGUUAUAUACCAGCAACCGAAACUUGCCCUCACAAACUAAGUUAUGAUUGGUGAAAGCAAGCGAAAUUUGUUUUUAUGUAGCCUAUGCGAUUCCGUGAUGCACUGUCACACAUAACCCGUGCACUAACUGAUAAUAUUCUAUGUUGUAUAAAAGUACACACCAUACUUGGUAAUGCUAUUGCAGUGUUUGUGACAGACGCUUGAAUGUCUGUCAGAAACACAUUUGAUUUGUAUCACACUACCAUGUACCUUUAGACAACCGAUGUUGGUUUAUUGAGCUGAUUGCAGGUGACCUGCAGUUGACUUCGUGCGCUCACGGGUGUCUAAAGCUACGUUCUAGUCGAGGUUAUCUAGAAGUUUUCGUUUGCCGUUUCUUGCUCUGGGUUAUCUAGGGUUUUGACUGGCAAGAAAUCACACGGUUCUGUACCCUCAGUUACAGCGACUGUAUUUGUCUCUUCCAUUCGUAUUCUAAUAGUCGUUCUUAUUGGUUUACACCAUAACAUCGUUUUCAUUAUUAGUAAAAUU